GCUACUCCUCCACCAGGGCUGGGAACUUAUAAAAGACGUUGAAUUAUAGCUCGUGCGAUCAGUUUUCUCAACAUGUCACAGUGGUGCAUAAGGCCAGGAGGACCUUUCAACCAGGAGGAUCCUUCACCUGUUCGGACCGAGCCGCCAACACACAGCAGGAUGGAAGCAAAGAUGUACGGAGCCGGUUCUGAGUUAUCGAUUGUCAGCCGAAGCACGAUGAGCACCUGGAUAUCGGAUAGCCAUUUCGUAGACGAAAUUCACAAAAAGCGUCGCCGUGUGUGCAAACGAUGGCGAAAAACGUGCACCCGCGAUUUACUGUACCGACGGCUACCGUUCUUAUCGUGGAUCACCAAAUACGAUUUGUCUAAGCUUCUUUCCGAUGCCAACGCUGGCAUGGCCGUUUCCUUGACGGCCAUCCCGCAAACGAUCGGCUACGCGGCCGUGGCUGGACUUCCGGCACAGAUCGGUCUUUACUCCGCCUUUAUGGGGCCGUUGAUGUACAUAUUCUUCGGUACCGUCAGAGAAAUCUCUGUCGGCCCAAAUAGUGUCCUCGCUUUGAUGAUCAACUCAUACGUCAGCGAAGGCGGUGUCGCCUACGCCGUGAUCCUAGCCUUUCUCACUGGUAUCAUCCAGCUGAUUAUUGGUUUAUUGAAUUUAGGUUUCAUAGUCGAUCUUAUAUCGGCACCUGUUAUUUCAGGAUUCUGCUCAGCAGCUGCCCUGACUGCCAUCGCCACACAAAUGAAAGGGCUGUUGGGAUUGAAAUUUCAAGGCUCUAAUUUCCUCGGAGUGUGGCGCGGGGUCUUUGAAAAUUUGUCCGACAUCAACUAUUAUGACGCUGGAUUAGGAUUCUUAACCAUAUUCUUACUGCUCAUUAUGCGAAAGCUCAAUUGUAUGGUGAAUCUUGAAGUCUUCAAGGAAAAGGCUUGUUUUCAAAACCGAUGGAUUUCUCGGGCAUUGUGGUUCGUCUCAUCGAGCCGUAACGCUUCCGUGCUUAUAUUCAGUUGUCUGGCAGCGUACCUGCUGGAAAUAAACGGAUUGAAUCAAUUGACCUUGUCAGGUGACAUCGAGCCAGGAUUGCCAUCAUUCCGGUUGCCACCAUUUCAGAUCGAGCGUCAAGUGGAUGACGACGAAACGCAGAUCCUUAAUUUUACAGACAUUUGCGCCGAAAUUGGAGCUAUGGGCAUUAGCUUGUUCCCGUUAGUCUCCAUCCUCGAGCAAGUGGCUAUCGCCAAAACUUAUUCUCACGGCAAAAGCACCGAUGCCACUCAGGAGAUCAUCGCUCUUGGUAUCGGCAAUAUCGCCGGUUCCUUCGUUGGAGCUAUGCCCAUUUCGGCCAGUUUUGGUCGCUCAGCAGUUCAGUCCUCGAGCGGUGUAAGGACUCCUAUGGUCAACGUAUUUUCAAGCGGUGUAAUCCUAUUGGCCUUAGGUCUCCUCAUGCCUGCAUUCUAUUAUCUACCCAAAGCCGUGCUAGCUGCCGUUGUCAUCUCAUCCGUCAUGUUUUUGGUAGAAUACGAAGAAAUCAAGCCAAUGUGGAAAUCGAGAAGAAUCGAGCUGCUUCCGCUGGUGCUGACGUUUUUCAGUUGCUUGUUGGUAAACAUGGAGUUUGGCAUUAUACUGGGAGCUGGCUUUCACCUGUUGCUCCUCUUGCACAUGGGGAAUAAGCCAAAAAUCUCUGUCGGUGACAUUCAGGCCAUAAAUGUCAUCAAAACGACGUCAGCUGAUUCGACUAUGUUGGUGCUUGGUCAAACGACUUCGAGGCCGAUCCCGGUCCAACAACGAAAAUCAGUCCGUGAAUUGGUCAACACCUCGACCAUUGAAGCCAAACGGAUACGAGUGAUUUGUGACCGCAGUCUGCAUUUCCCCGGCAUCGAGACUUACCGACAGCGCAUCAACCAGGCGAUCGACGAGGAAGGCGGAGAGAAACUCACCGUCAUCGCCGACAUGGAACGCGUCCUCGAAGUGGAUUAUACGUCGCUCAAAGUACUCAAGUGUAUGCACGCUGACUUACAGAAGCGAGAACACACACUUAUUUUUGACAAAGCCAACGAGGUUCUUCAACAGCAUCUGACGACGGCUAUGGAGAUUCCCGUAUCGGCGUUCAUACAAAUAACCCGUCACAAUAUAACCGUCUAGUGUUUUAAAAUUGAAUCUAUUUUAUAAUUGUGUGCACUAACUGUGCUACUUACAGAGUUGCUUCCGAUAAAAAAAAGUCGAUUUCAAGCGCUCAAAUCUCGUGUGCUGACGGUGCGUUGUUUUCUCCCCCUCUGAAGUGCAAGUUCCUGCGAUAGAGUAUGUUACGUAUUUUAUACGAAAAGACGAUGGUUUCUGUGUUCUUUAUAUCAAAUUGAAAGUUGAAAUGUAUAAUACAGUGAAAAUUGACGGUA